UGCAGUGUUAAGCGCGCGUUGUGCAACGGUACUUUCGCACGAAUUAUUUUCACGCGUCUAAAAAACAAAAAAAUAAAAUAAUAUAAUGGAACGCUGGGUGGACAAGGUCGCUGUAGUCACAGGCGCGAGCUCAGGCAUCGGUUGGGCCAUCGUGCAGGAUCUACUCAAAUCGGGUAUGAUCGUGAUUGGUUUGGCGCGCCGCCUACAGCAAAUGGAGGAACUCAAGGAGGGGCUAGAUGCCAGCAUACGCGAGCGCUUCUAUCCGCGCUCCUGCGAUAUGACGGUGUUGCCGUCGGUGAAGAGCAACUUCCACUGGGUCGAACAGCGUUUCCACCGCUUGCAUGUGCUCGUCAACAAUGCGGGCAUGGUGGAGAUGACCAAAGUGCUGGAGGAGGGCAACGAGGCUAUACUGCAGCGUGUGAUUGAUGUGAAUGUCAUGGGCACGGUGAAUUGCACCAAGCAGGCGUAUAGACUGAUGCAGGCCACCAUGGCGCAGGGUGAGGCGUGUCAUAUAAUAACGGUGAAUAGCCUGUUGGGGCAUACGGUGCCGCUGCAUAUACCCGAAUGUGGGCUGAACUUGUAUCCGGUGGCGAAGCAUGCGCUGUGCACGCUCGACGAGGUUUUGCGACGUGAACUCUUUCCGCACAAGCUGAUGCGUUUGUCGACCAUUAGUCCCGGCCUGACGCGCACUGACUUUGGCGGCGCGCCUACUGAGGAUGAGAAGAAGAAAUGGGAGGAGAUGAUAGAACCAGAUGAAAUUUUAUUGCCGGAGGAUGUGGCGCGCGGUGUGAAUUUUAUACUCGCCUCGCCGCCUCAUGUGACUAUAGCUAAUCUGUUGAUGGUGCCGGCGCGCGAGAAAUAUUGAGCGUCAACAUGAUUGAGGCAGUGACAUUUGAAUUUUGAAAAUCGUAGUCUGAAUAUUUUGUAGUUUAAAUAAUUAAUGAAUAAAAUUUAUAAAGCAAAUAUUUUAUUGAGAAUAUAA